CAACAAAUGAACUUUCCUUAUCUUUCUUAUUCGAUAAUAGAUUAUAAGAUACAAGACGUGCUAAUUUGUCAUUUCUCUAGAUCUUACUUAAUUGAUAUUUAUUAAUUUAGAUAUACAAAAAUGACAUUUGAAUUCAAUGAAAAAAAAAAUCAACAGUUAAAAAAUAUUAAAGCUGGUUUAAUUGACUUCGUUUCUGGAUCACUUGGUGGGAUAGCACUUGUUUAUGUUGGGCAACCAUUAGAUACAAUAAAGGUAAAAAUGCAAACUUUUCCUUUUAUGUAUAAGGGAAUGGUAAAUUGCUUUUUACAAACAUUAAAGACAGAUGGAAUAAUGAAUGGUUUAUAUGCAGGAACUAUACCUGCAUUAGUUGCUAAUGUUGCUGAAAAUUCGGUUUUGUUUGCUGCAUAUGGAGGAUGUCAAAAAGUUAUUUCUAAUAUUUUGGGUGUUCAAAAAAUACAAGAUUUGACAUCAAUUCAAAAUGCAUGGGCUGGAUUUUUUGCUGCAUUUUUUUCUUCAUUAACACUAUGUCCUACAGAACUUAUAAAAUGUAAGCUACAAGCAAUAAAAGAAGUUCAAAUAGAAAGCGAAUCAUCAAUAAGUGAAAAAAAAAUUGGACCAUGGGGAUUGACACGUCAAAUUCUUAAAGAUCAAGGCAUGAGAGGUUUAUUUACUGGGUUGUCAUCAACCAUAGCACGUGAAAUGCCUGGUUAUUUCUUUUUUUUUGGAGGUUAUGAAGUGACCAGGGAACUUUUAGCAAAACCAAAUGAAAAUAGAGAUGAUAUAGGAUGGCAAAAAACCAUGGUAGCUGGUGCUGUUGGUGGAAGUAUUUUAUGGCUUGUAAUAUUUCCAGCAGAUGUGGUUAAAAGUAGAAUACAGGUAAAAAAUUUGAAAACUCCUCCACUAAUAGUUAUGAAAGAUAUUGUAAGAAAUGAAGGUAUCAAUUCCUUGUACAGUGGUUUGAAACCAACAUUAAUUAGAACAAUACCAGCAACAGCUACAUUAUUUGUAACUUAUGAAUAUACUAAAAGGUUUAUGCUCAAUUUUUUUGAAAAUAAUUGAUGGAUAAAAAUUAUAUUGUUUUGUUUAAAAAUUCUAAGAAAAAAAAUAAAAAUAAAUUAGUUUGAAAAUAUUUAACAUAAAAAUAAUUUUUUUACAUAUUUUUCUGUAAAAAAAUAAAAGAAUUUCUUAAAAUAAAUAAAUUUU